AAGAAGGGAUUAACUCUCAAUCCUAUCACCAGUUUAUAUUACAUAGCUCCAUGCAGCUUCAUCUUUCUUUUUGUCCCAUGGUAUCUUCUGGAGAAGCCUGAAAUGGAAGUCUCACAGAUCCAAUUCAAUUUUUGGAUUUUCUUUUCAAAUGCACUAUGUGCACUUGCUUUGAAUUUCUCAAUUUUCUUGGUGAUUGGUAGAACUGGUGCUGUAACCAUUCGAGUGGCUGGUGUGUUGAAGGAUUGGAUAUUAAUUGCGCUUUCAACUUUAAUUUUUCCAGAGUCAACGAUAACCACACUUAACAUUACAGGCUAUGCAGUAGCAUUAUGUGGUGUCGUGAUGUAUAACUAUUUGAAAAUCAAGGACGUUCGAGCAUCCCAGCUUCCUGUAGAUAAUAUUAUAGACCGAACAGCUAAGGAGCUUAAGAUGGAGAAGAAGUCAUCUGAUCUGCACUUGCCAGAUGAUAAUGCUAUUCUUGGGGGAAGAGGUACAAACAAUGGUUCUUCAGAUUCAACAGUGGAUGAGGAAGCUCCCUUCAUACCAUCAACUAGAAUCUCUCAUCUUGGGCGAAGUAACCUCUCAACAUAAGCACUAUUAGUUCCUCGAAAUGUCAAUUUUUGGUGCAGUUUCAGUUACUAGAAUUAUAGAACAAGCAAGAUUGAAGAGAGCAGGUCUUGUGUAUACAUCCUCCACCAUUUCGCUAAGAGUUGCAUUUCUUUGCAAAAUGGUUAGUGCUAUCAAACCCUAUAAGGUCAUGUUUUGUAAUAUUUUAGGGCUAUUGACGUUCAAGAACUAUUAUUCUUUUAUUCACAUAUGCAUAUUAUCAUCAUACAUGCAAUUGCAUCGUGCCUUGGCAACCUA